AUGGAGGCGGAAAGGAGCAGUGCUGGCAACGCCACCUCUGCAGAGAGAAGACCCCUGGCAAAAUCUAAAACUCCUUCCAGGAUACUUUGGGUCAUCUUGUCUGGAAUCUUGUUUUUCGCCAUUGUCGGCAUCAGUGUGGUGGUAAUUUUCAGCUUUACCCAUAGGACUACCAAGCCUGUUUUGCAGAUUGUGCGGCUAACGUUUCAGAAUCACCAGGGCUCCCAGACGAAUCAGUCGGCCUUUGUUGACAAGUCCAAGAAUACUGUUACUUAUCAUGUAACUUCGCCAACUAACCACACAACGGUGGUCUUGUUCGACAGCAAGAAUGGCUAUGUCUGCUAUAAACCCGCAGAUCAAAAUGCAUGUUACCUGCGGAAGAUGGACGAUUGGGAUCUUGAGAACGUGCAGAUAUCUUUCAAUCUAUCUGAGCACAGGGUCAAUCAGCUGCUGCUUCAGAAUAAUCAAACCAAGUACUACAGAGAGUUCCUGGGGAUUCUGCCGGGGAGACAAGCAAAUGCCGGAAGCUUGGGGGAAGCCAUCCAAACCCUGUGUGAGCAGACUUCCAUCUACUGGGUCAGGAAAGGGGAUGGUCCUGGGAAGAAGCGGCUCAUUUACCUAUGCAUUGACAUCUGUUUUCCAAGCAAUGUUUGCUUGUCUGUCUGCUUUUAUUACCUUCCUGAUUAAGCCCUGCUCCAAGGGGACUGAUCUUCCCCCCCCCCCCUUCUCUUUGUACUUGAAUUUAA